GGGGCAGCCCGGCGGGCGCAGGGCCCCGGUCCUCAUGCGCGGCGGCGGCGCUCGGCUCGGCGGGGCCCAAGAUGUCGACCAAGAAUUUCCGCGUGAGCGACGGGGACUGGAUCUGCCCCGACAAGAAGUGCGGGAACGUCAACUUCGCCAGGAGAACCAGCUGCAACAGAUGCGGGAGAGAAAAAACAACAGAAGCCAAGAUGAUGAAGGCUGGAGGGACCGAGAUAGGCAAGACACUGGCUGAGAAGAGCCGCGGCCUCUUCAGUGCCAACGACUGGCAGUGUAAAACAUGUGGCAACGUGAACUGGGCCAGAAGAUCAGAGUGUAACAUGUGUAAUACUCCAAAGUACGCCAAGUUGGAGGAGAGGACAGGAUACGGAGGAGGAUUUAAUGAGCGGGAGAACGUUGAAUAUAUAGAACGUGAGGAGUCAGACGGGGAGUACGACGAGUUUGGACGCAAGAAGAAAAAGUACAGAGGGAAGCCAGUUGGUCCUGCAUCUAUCCUGAAGGAAGUAGAAGAUAAGGAAUCUGAAGGGGAAGAUGAAGAGGAUGAGGAUGAAGAUCUCUCCAAAUAUAAGUUGGAUGAGGAUGAGGAUGAAGAUGAUGCUGACCUCUCAAAAUACAAUCUUGAUGCCAGUGAGGAAGAGGACACUAAUAAGAAAAAGAAAUCCAAUAGACGCAGUCGUUCUAAGUCUCGAUCUUCCCACUCACGCUCUUCAUCGCGCUCAUCCUCUCACUCAAGCUCAAGGUCUAGGUCCAGGUCCCAUUCAAGAAGUUCUUCCAGUUCCAGAUCAAGAUCUCGUUCCAGUUCCAGAGAACACUCUAGAUCUCGUGGGUCGAAAUCAAGAUCCAGCUCCAGGUCCUACAGGGGGUCUUCCACCCCAAGGAAAAGAUCUUACUCCAGCUCUCGUUCGUCAUCCUCCCCCGAGAGAAGCAAGAAGCGGAGUCGCUCUAGAUCGUCUUCAUCUGGUGAUCGCAAAAAAAGACGAUCGAGAUCACGGUCACCCGAAAGACGCCGCAGAUCAUCAUCUGGAUCUUCCCAUUCUGGGUCCCGAACAAGUUCUAAAAAGAAAUAAUGUGUUAAAGCUCACAUAAAAAAACCCAAUUCCAGUCAGUGCAUGAGACAUUUCUAAGAAGUUGGUGUCUUACUUGGUCAGAAGUGCUAAAUCUGCUAGUAGAGGUGCAUGUCUGUCCUUGCUUUCUGGAAAACUGCAGCUUUGUUCAUUCAUGAAACAAAAAGUGAGGUAGCAUUUUAAGCCAUAAACUCCCCAGAGGAGGUGUGACAUUUCAUUACUCGAGUAAGGUGGGUUUGCAGUCUUUAAAAGGACUCAGUUACUCGAUUCCUGGCUCUCUUCAUGUGUGUGAGCAGGCACGGGUCGGAUAUGUUCUAAUGCAACUGUGCCCUUCGUAGGACAACAUCUAAGCAGUAUCCGAGCACAGGAAGAACCCAUGAGCUUUCUGCAUCCGGCUCCUGAGCUUGAUUGAUGUAGCUCGUAUGGGACCACAGGGGAGUAGCGUAGCUGUAGGGCUGGGGUUCCCCCUUGGGUGACUGUAGGGAGUGCUUAGGUCUAGUUGUUUAUUUUCCUGUGUUGAAGUCUAGAUGGGUGCUCCUCUUGUUCUCUUUAUAUUCAGUGUGAAGUAGCGGUGAAAUACCCCAUCUGUCACAGGAUUCUGCAGAGAAGGAGUUAGAGCUCCUUCCUUCGAGUGAGAGGGUGUGAGGCACUGGGCACUGUCCUCUCAUUGCUGGGGUCUCACAGCUGCUGGUGCCUGGCACCAGACGUUGCUGCCCUGUCUGCAGUGGGUACUCACAAUGGUAUUUUCACACAUAGAGACUCUGGACUCCGUGAUCUUUUCUUAUAAGAGGAUCAUUUAGGAACUACUCUUGAGAUGGAGGAGUAUGGAACUAGCUCCUUGGAAUCAAGUGAAGCUUCUGCAGGCCAUCUGUAAAAUUCAUUUUUGGGCUGACUAAAAUUUCCCAGGUAUCUGAAUUUUAUUUAUACAUAACAAUGAGAAUUAAUAAACUGUAGAAAGUUCUGGCAUCUUCAAUGUGUUCUUCAUCGACCAUUCUUUUUCCCUCAAACAUAAUUUAUGGCUUAAAAUGCUUUAUUGACUAUUUCACUAGCAAUAUCGCAUUAAAACUUGGUCUCUCUUGAGCUCCGUUUGGUUUAAGAAAGGUUUAAGUAUCUUCAGUACCAUCACAAGGUAAGUAUGGUAAGGAAAAUCCCUCUUUUUUGUGGUUGGUUGUUUUUGUUGAAGCAAGCAAACAGCAAUAUAUCUGCAUUGAUUUCAGUAGUGAAACUUCCCAGCUCGUAUUUGACCUCAGCUUUUUUUUAAAUGAACUGCACAAAAACAAACGGAGCGAAACCUAAAAACUCCAUUCUGCUUUCCUUUGGGUUUUAUGUUCCUUUUGUUUUGUUGGAGACACUUCUUUUGGACUGGUACACGAGCAAAAGGAGUUUGGUGGAGAAAUAUUUUGAUAACCUUUUUGCAGGAAAAGAAAAUUGCUCUGCAGUUUCUUCUUUAAUGCUUUCUUUUAUAUCUAACUUUGAUGCUAAAUGUGUGUAGGUUGCACAAGAGCAGUUGUAACUGUGCCUCUGAAGACUUCCAACUACUAAACUGUAAAAACCAGAUCAGAUAGAUGCUAUGUUGUUAGCCUUUCAGUUUCUUCCUCGUGCUUUGUAUUAAAAUCGUUGCUGUACUUAACAGGUGAAAGUUUUUAAAAAUCUAGCAAGUGAUAGGCUACAGGCAAAGGCAAAUUAUGGUUUCAUUUGGCUUAGACAAAAUGUAAGGCAAAAUAAUGCUGUAGACAAGUGUAAAUAAAACCUGUGAGUCAACUGUG